UCCCUAUUAAACCAGACUCCCCUUCUCACCAUUCCGCCUCCCUCGCUCUCCUCUCUCUCUCCCUCUGACUACUCCGUAACACCUCCUCCUCUCCGCUUUGUACCGGUUACUCCGCUCGAUGUUUGUCACCUCCAUGGCACGUCAGUUCCUGAGAAAGGCAGGUUUGAUCGCGUGACGGAGGACAGCAAACUAUCAAAACUGCAAUUUUUCUUCCUUCUCUCAUGUAAAGGAGAAUAGUGCUUCUGUUUGAGCUGUGAGUUCACAGAUCUGAUAGUCUGUGCUGCUAACAAUGAUGGGUGGGCUAUUAAUGGAAGGCAUGGUUUAUCCUGGAGAGCCUAAUUAUGUGCAAAAUAUCAGCUAUGGAUCCCUUCAUCAGCCUUUGGUCGGUGAAUGCAAUGGACAAGGACAUCUUAUCGAUCCACCACAGGACAACUUUGCUGAGGUUUGUGAUGAAGAGAGCGACGACGAAGAUGUUGACAUCGAAGAGCUUGAACGUCGUCUAUGGCGAGACAGGAUGCGGCUGAAGCACUUGAAGGAACAGCAGCAGCAGCAGAGCAAGAGCAAGAACAAGGAGCAAGGUGACUCGGCAAAGCAGCGUCAGUGCCAUGAUCAAGCCCUCCGAAAGAAGAUGUCUCGCGCGCAGGAUGGAAUCCUCAAGUACAUGCUUAAAAUGAUGGAAGUAUGCAAUGCUCAGGGCUUCGUUUACGGUAUAAUUCCAGAGAAGGGCAAGCCUGUAAGUGGUGCCUCCGACAACCUCAGAGGGUGGUGGAAAGAAAAGGUCAGGUUUGAUCGGAAUGGACCUGUGGCUAUCGCAAAGUAUCAGGUUGACAAUGCCAUUGUUGGAUCCAACAGUGAAAUGAGCUCUGGAACUGCAAGCCUUCAUUCAUUGCAGGAGCUUCAGGAUACAACACUGGGUUCUCUCCUGUCAGCUCUGAUGCAGCACUGUGACCCACCUCAGCGAAGGUUCCCUCUGGAAAAGGGAGUUGCACCCCCAUGGUGGCCUACCGGGAAAGAGGAGUGGUGGCCGCAGCUGGGAAUUCCGAACGACCAACGACCGCCACCCUACAAGAAGCCUCAUGAUCUGAAGAAGGCUUGGAAGGUUAGCGUCUUGACUUGUGUAAUCAAGCAUAUGUCGCCUGACAUCAACAAGAUCCGUAGGCUCGUCCGGCAGUCCAAGUGCCUGCAAGACAAGAUGACCGCCAAAGAGAGCGCGACAUGGCUCGCUGUCAUCAAACAGGAGGAGGACAUGUACAUGAAGCUGCACCCUGAAGCUUACUUUCCGCCAUCCUCUGGUAGCUGCAUUUCGGGAUCCAUCUCCUUCGUUAGCAGCUGCAGUGAGUACGACGCAGAAGGUGUUGAUGAAGGCAAGUGUGAGGAUGUAGUGAACCACAAGCUUCACGCUGAAGGGAAUCCUUUCGAUCUGAGUGGCACUGCAAGGAAAGAGAAGACUGUGAAGGAAGAGAUGAACAUGGAAUUUACUCGGAAAAGAAAUGUUGCUGAGCCAGAAUCAGUGCUGAACCAAUGCAUCUAUACCUGUGAUAAUGUGCAGUGCCCACAUCAUGAUCCCCGGCAUGGGUUUCUGGAUAGGAAUGCAAGAAACAGUCACCGAUACGUUUGUUUGUAUCAAGGAACAGGGGUGGCUUUCAACAGCUUCCCGGUGAAGGAGAACAAGCUUCUGAGUUUCUCUGUGCCAUACGAUACCCAACCAAAUCCGGCAACCCUUGAAUCAGGCCCCAUCCCUGCUAACACAUCUGAUUUGGGCAUUCCUUCCGAUGGGCAGAGAUCGAUCGACGAGUUGAUGAGUUUGUACGACAAGAAUCUCAACGCUAACAAGAGCUUCAACUCGAGAGGCAUAGGGAUGUCGGAAGGCCGAACUCCUCUGCAACCUAGAACUCGAGUGGAAGACAACUUCUUUCCGCAAGGGACUAAAGCAAUCGGUGGUAUGCUUGAAGAAGUCGGCAACUUGGUGCAGCAACAGCAGCAAUUCCCUGUUCGCGAGAACGUAAUGCCAUUUCAGCAGCAAUUUGGUAACCCAUCUGAUGAAAUGAGUGGUGACCUGUGCUAUGGAUCUGCUUUUAGUAUGCCUUCCAUGGACUACUCUGAUACCUUGCACAGAUUGCAGAAGGCCGAAGCAGCCAACUGGUUUUACUGAGAAGGAAGGCAAGACGAAGCAAAGCAAUCCACAUGAACAGAAACAGAGUUGGAGUCAUGUGGUUCUCUCGUGAGCAGAGGGUGUGUAGAAACCUUGCUAUUUGGUUGCAUUUAGUAGCACUUUUUCUUCUUUCUCUUUCUUAUUUGCUUCCUUAGAUCACUGGACAAAUCUUAAUCAUCUCUAUCUGGUGCCAUGGGAUGUGCUUGCCAUGAACUCUCAUGGAAGAACAGGUUGUUUGCAUUGAUUUUGAGGGGAUUGGCAACUGAAAGCUCUAUGCCAUCCUACUUUGGAAUGUUUAUGAACAUGUAAUGUUUCGAAUCUAUUUUUUAGGUAAAUCAGUGCCCGGUUAAGUUA